GCGACUGUACAACCACACAACCCAAGUGGAGGUUUGAAAUUGGCAGUCCUGUUAAUCUAGAUGCACUCUAUUUUAACAGUGCGCUUGGAAUGGCACUGUGGUCUGUACUAUGCAAAUUAAUAUUUUUAAGACUACUUUAACACUUAACAAACAUUUCAUUUAUAUCCAACCCAUCAUUUCAAGUGGAUUAUAACGGUUUAAAUGACAAUUGCUGCACUCGCUGAAUUCAGAAUUUGAAUAUGAAGGAUGAUAAUGGAAACGUACCUGAUCGCCAUUCGUCCAAGAAACUACCGUCGUCAUUAUCCUUGCUGGACCAGAAUCAGUUCAAUCUAAACAGCUUGCUAAAAUCGGGUGCAUUUUAUAUCGAUGAACUUGGAAUACUUGUAGCCCCAAAUGGCACGCGUUUUCGUCUUCCAUCUGGUCCACCUGAAGGUCGUAAGCCACUCCGCCCCGACCGUCCGAUAACGAAGCUUGAAAACUACACUUCGCUUUUUGUAGAGAGGCAAUUAUCUGAACAACAAGAUGCAACUAAGCAUGCAGUUGCUUCAUUUGGACACAACACGCAAAUUUACAAUGGAAUCCCAAAUCAUGACAUAUUACAAAAGGUGAAUGCGACAGCAAGAACAACACAUCAAUUGAACUCACACAACCGACUGCAGCCGUUGGCCACUUACCCACAGCCAGAUGUCGUGUUAUUUCCUUUGCAGCCGAUCGAAUGGAAUAUUAUUCUGAUGACGUUAGUUUUCUGUUCAGUAUCGUUGGCAUGUAAUCUAGUUUUGAUUGGACUUAUAUCCUGGCGACUUUAUCGGGCACGGAAAAAGAAGAGUGGCAGCAACUUCCACUUAGAGAUUACCUCAGGGAAAGUGGACGCCUGUGCCCGAAGCCAGGUGAUUGAUGCCAGAGAAAUAUGUCCUUUUGAGUUGGAGGGUACUAUUAAAGGUGGAAUAGGAAUCAUGUCAAAACCGAUGGAUCGAAUUUACCAUAGCUUUUCUCCUUGCUACCAAACACGCCAAAGAAGUGCCGAUAUUUACGCAUCGUCAUUUGUUAGACGCGAAUGCCAAUCAGAAAGACAUCGCUGUUGUAAAGAAGGACACUUAAACUCGAAAAAAGUGCGAAUUAAUAAAAUUCCUGGAAAGCAGGUACCUGAAAUUACAAAAGGUUUUGCUGCUCACGAUCGAGAAUCAGAAUCUGACAAGAGUUGGAAAGUAGUUUUGAGUGAUGGUGCAAUCAGUGAGAAUACGGGCGAUGAAGCAGAAACUACGGACUCCGGAAACAACUCUGAUAAUCUGCUUCACAUCCGUCGAUAUCAUUUGAAUCCAAGAUACAUUAAGGCGAAAAAACACAUCCCAUCAAGGUGCCAUCCAUACGAAGCUGAUUCCGUAAUCAAUGCAAAUCAGUCAAAAUUAGCGGCAUGCGCAGUGCGUAGCAUUGGGUCGACGCACCGGAACACGGAUGAAGAUGACCAUGGCACUGAUUCCCAGUCGACUACUACGUCCACCUGUGCAUUUGAAUGGGUGAAUAGCAGUUAUGUGUAUAACACACUUGUGAUACAUACAGGUAUAUUGGGUGUUGUAUUGUCUCUAAUGCAGUUAGUGGCUGUCUGUAUUGCACUUCGUCAGCGUAUGACACAGCCACAAUCGUCAACAGGACUGAUAGAGUUUGUUUGCAUUCUGUCUACGUCCCUUGCUGCGGAUACGAUUCUUUGCUCCCGACAGUAUUUAUUAGCUGCUAUACUAGCAGUUUUUUGGGAAAGUGUAUCUGCUUUGCUAUUACCUUGUCUUUGUCAGACGCGACGCCUACCAGCAUUGCGCAUUUUUCCAUUUAAUUCUGGCGAGAAAUACUCAGCUGAUCAGUGUACUACUGGUGCAUUUAGGAACUGUGAAGAUUGUUCCAAACAAAAGUGUCAGCAAAGCUACGCUUGUCUUGCAUUGUUGCAUUCACUUCCAUGGGCUCUGGCUGCAGGAACCUCUCUAAUAAUCACAUUUGCUAUAUACGGUCAUAAGAUGCGCGAUCCACCACCCUCUUCUUUACAUAGUGAAUCUGUAAAACUCAACGUGUUCUUUGGUGGAUUGAAUUCAAUUCUUCAUUGUCGUGCACCGGAGCAUUUAAAUAGGACUUCAAUUGUCACAACAUAUUCUUCUCAGAAUGGGAAUGAGAUUGUAACUACAUUAAAGCAAGCGACAAGUUCAACUGAAGCUUGGGUCCCAAUGUUUCUUAUGAUCCUUUUGCCCCUGCUCCUACAAAUCUUAGUGUGUUUGUUCUUUUCCAUAUUGCUCCGUAGGUCAGCAAAAAGGAAUAUUACCACGGGAUCAACGUGUGAGAAUAAGGAUACCGCAUGUGUCUCAUUAUGCGCUGUAUUUGUUCUCUUAUUUACUGAGUUUUUCAGCUGUGCUAUUCCUGUCAUUUGGUCCACUGCGAUCAAAAACCUACUGCAAUUCCCAGUUGUUUCAGCCUACAUCAGCCGACUCAUUGUAAUCCACCUGCUAUUUGAUCCAUGGCUGCUCAUGUGUAUGCAGCAUACAAUGUUACGACACGCGGUUAAAACCUUUCACACUGCCAUAGCUGAGCCUCAGACCCCAAAGAUAUCAACAUCGCAAUACUCUCUGACUGCACAUUCGGAGCACCCAAGUCAGAAUUUUGAUUUGAAAGACACCCUUGCCUCACAUAUCUGCCACAAUGAUGACCAAAUACAGGAUGGUCCUCAAGCCCCAGUUGGACUUCUCAGUUGUUGCCCACAGACGCAAAAUGUAGGGGCCUGUUCACAGCCAAUACUCAAUUCGCGUGUUCCAGGAAACGGCCUAUUUAUUUCUCAAGGUUUAGCCAAAACAUUUACGGCUGGAACCAACACAACUGGAUUACUAUUUCCGAUUUCGACCAAUUGCAAUACUAUCAACGUUUCUCAGGAGGUGUCUGACUCCAGCACCACAUCAGGUGGGCUAGCACCUGUAAAGAACACCUUGGGUCAAAUGCCAAAGUUAAGCAAUCUGGCUGAGCAUAGUACAAAGGUAAAUCAGCCAAGUUUCCCCCUGCUUUGUCAGCACCAUCAACGGCUACUGGAGAAGCAUUAUCAGCAGCAACCGAGGAUGACUGGAUCUCCAGUACAUUUACGUCGCCUUCCCAGAAUUUUGACGACUAAUACAACUGGCGAAACACCACUCCACAAUUCAUUAUCUAUACAGCCAGUGUAUGCUAAUACAGCAAACAAAUAUUCAACUUUCAGCUUCGCUACAAUAGGCCAUUCAUUGCCUCAGACAAAUGAUGAUCUUUCUGAACAGGACUGUUUUAACAGAAUGCAGCACACUUCGUUUUCUGGCAAAAGCACUGCAACCGCAGCAGUCAUGGCAGCUGCAGCUGCCGCUGUUGCCGCUCAGGCUAGCACACUGAACCAUAGACACAACAGUGCAAAAACCGAGUUGAUCGACUCACCUACCACAUCCACUUUUGCAUCUGAUUCACUUACUUUGCUCACAGAAACAAAAUGGACACCAAAUGAUGAAAAUCCAAAGGUUAUCCUGGAUCACCUUCAUCUACAACAACCUGUUUGACAUUCCGUUGCAAUUGUAAAUAUUAACUCGCAGUUUCAACAUGACUUAUUUACAGUAGAAAUGAAAUUGGCUGUGAGUGACAUGCGUGCAUUUGUUCACAUUAAAGUCGUACUAGAUUCUGAGGAAGUCUAGAUAAUGUUAGUUAUCAAAUACAGCCAAAUUUAUGUAAAUAGUAAAUCGAUUCAUGUCAGCGCAGACUGUAUUUAGUAGGAAUCCAGUAUUGAAAGUCAGCACAAUAGAACUGAAAGUAUUGCGAAUAAUUCUAAGCAAAGUGUAAUGAUUUGUAAAUAUAUGUCUUCGCUAU